AUGAACCGAGUCAAUGAUCAUAUAAAACUGCUUGAAUCAUAUAAAAGAAAUGAGCCAACGAUUUUGGCUGACAGAACGAACACCGCUGGACCGUUGUAUCCCUCCUUGAAUCUCAAAUCUCACACGGUCACUCCCUUUGGCCUGGCGUCAAUGCUGGUUCUGAAAAUGCCCUUAGACAUUUCUAGGAGUCCCUCAGAAGUUCAAAUGUAUGAACUGGCUUUUGAAGUUUUGCAUAAUGAAAUUGGCCGCUUGAAACGGUGCGAAGUUCAACAGGUUUUCAAGACAAGAUUGAUGUUUGCGGUCAAACUGAUGGAUAAUGAUCAGUUUGAAACGUGCUACCUUCAGCUGACAAAAACUUUCGUUGAAAUGAAUAGAAUGCUAAACGUGACGUUGAACGAUAGUGAAACUCCAAGUAUACAUCAAAUGAUCCAGUCAAUUCCAUACACCAAAGAACCAGCAGCGUUCAAUGGUAUCAUUGCAUCCUUCCAUACCGUCCUUCUACAGUACCUUUUCAAAGAGACGAAAGUGCUUACAACCCCUGACCAACUGGUUGAAUCCAUGCGUCCAAACUCCAACUUCUGGCAAUGGUUUCAUUCCUUAGAUAGUGACAGCCAAACCAAGAGAUCCCCCACUUUGAUCAAGUUAUUUCUUUCUUACACCCAAUACCCAACUAAUGUUUCCGUUCCUGUAGGCUCACAAAUUUGCUGUUUACUAAUUACGCUCAUGUUUAGCAAGUUCACGAAUAGUGUCCCAUUGGAACUCAUCCUAGAUAAUCUACAUUCAACCAUAGACCGAUUGAUCUCUGGAAAUCGAUUGGAGCCAAUAAAGAAACAAUGUCUACCAUUUCUGGAAACGCCACAAGAACUUCUAUUGGAUCACCCCAAGUUUCAGUCAGUACUAUCAGUCUUUGGGAGGCCGGCUAGACUUGAUCUUGAUCAGCUUACGAGUCAAGAUUCUAUUCAGCAUUUUAACACUUUAAUUAAUAAUUUGAUAUUAUCAAGCAAAGAGGACGAUGCAACACGAGAUUUUUCACAAUUGGAAUCCAUCUUGAGAAACUCAAAUCUCUUCUCUAGCACAAGCAUUCAGAACGAUUCGUUCAUCAAACAUAUUUACAAACUGGUUUCAUUUAUUAUCUAUUCUGAUAAUGCUAAAUAUUACGAAUACCUGCCCGUCAUACUGAAGCAAUUCAAAGCUAAUGAUUCUCUUUCACUGACAACCGUGGUUGUAGAGAUUCUAGAUUUGAUAGUGCGAUUUACAAAGAGUUUGGAUUCCAAAAUGCAUCAUGAAUUACUGUACACUCUUUUAACAGAUGUUUUCAAACUUUUUUACAAGAAGCUUCCAGAUAAUCUAAAUGAGAAGUUUCUCAACCGCAUCCAGGAUAUCUCAAAUAUUUUUUUUCAAACCGGGAUAAAUGUAUUCGAACUAAGUUUCAAAGCUAGCUUAAAACACUGGAUGUCAUCUAUUGAACUGGAAUAUGUUAUUCUAGUUCAACAUGAAACUGCUCAGCAAAAUCCGCUGUCAAGAUUUGAGUCUCUCAAAUUGAAAAAUGACAGAAUUGUUCAUAAAUUGAUAAACAACCUUUCUUUUCUUGAAGCACAGGAGUUUUUGUCCAACAGCUUCAAAAUUUACAAUGAUAACAUUUUGAAAUCAUCCCCCAAGUUAUCAUUUUUCCAGAAAGAAAAGAUGUUUGCCAAAACAUUAGACAUUUCAUUAAAACUGCUGGCGAAACUGAUAAUCAAAUCUUCAAAGCUAGACCUUGUUCUUCUUUCUGGAGGAAGCUCUCAGUUAAUGACUCUCAUAGUGGGUAAUCUGUUCAAUAUUUUAGCUUCUACCUCAUUGGUCAGAAAGAAUGAAAUAAUUGGUUAUUUAGUUGAGACCUAUCUUUUAUCGAAUACAGAUACGGGUUUAGCCAUAUAUGUUGCUUUUCAGUACUUCAAGAUCGCCGGUAUAGACAUACAGCUUUUCAAACUGAAGCCUAAUGUUACAGUCGACAAAAAAAGCUGUUUAGCGGACUACAGUCAUCUUUUCAUCUCCUUCGGUCUUCUCAUUGUUUGCUUGCAAAAUCGUCAAGUUAAUCAAUCACUAAUAACCAAAUCUUUUGAUUCUCUGUUAUACUGGUUUCAAAAGAAGAGCUUGUUUGUAAUUGAGAAUUACGAAGACGACGAAUCAUUAUUAAGUUUGGAGUUUGAGAUUCUUUCCUGUUAUGUCAGUUACGCUUCUUAUCAUGGUCUUUUUGCAUAUUCCUCAACUUUGAUCAAUACAUAUAAAUCUGAGAGAAUCUUUUUAUUGUCAAGCUACCAAAAAAGUUUCCUUGAUGGAAAAUUGUUUGACCUGGCAUUGGAAUUAAAGUCUUUAGAGAAAGCUAAUGCCUUGUUGAUUUCAAACAAGAAACAAGCAGAAAGUUUGACAUCCAAUCUUACGGGAGUCGAUUUUCUAGAGUCACUAGAGUGGAAACUUAAGGAGUAUCGCUAUUUAAUUAAUGCUGGCCAAACCCAAGAAGCAGAGACAAGGUUUUUUUACUUAAUUGAACUUUUUUCUCAUAAUGAGCACUUGCAACUUUCCAGUAAAUCAAUGACGAGAGUGAAACUAGUUCAAAUAUUGAUUCUUCAAUCAGAAUUAUUGUGGUUAUCUUCAGUUCUAUUUACUCACAGCAUACCUCACCAAAGCUACAAGCUUGGACGAAUGUCGUUGAAGAUACUUCAAAGUUUAGUUAAAAAGUUUCUUCCGAAUCUAUCUAACUUUACGGUGCAUGAAUUUAACAAUUUCAAAUGGCAAGUAUCUCGCUUAACGAUGAAAGUUCUAGAGCAGCUGAUCAAUCUUUUUGCAUGCUGGAGUUUGACAAAACAAGUCGAAUUUUAUUUGAACGAAUUCAAUAAAUUCUUAGAAUCACACAACUUUCCUGUUGUCUUCUGUUACGCAUCAUAUUUUAUGGCCGAAGCAUCACUACUGGUAGGGAAUACAUCUAGAGCUAGUGAGUUUCUAGUGCAAGCUGAUACCAUACAUGAAGAAUUACAAGUAACCGAUUAUUUACUGGAUCUCUCACAUCUUGCAGCACAUGGAUCCUAUUUCAUGGCAAUCGACGAGAUGGAUAGCGCCACAGAAUGCUAUAGAAAGUUUUGUCAAAUGUAUGACACUAUGAUGUGUGCAAACCAGAUAGACCAUACUACUAUGGAAAUUAAGGACAUGUUGAGUAAUGGGAUGCUAAGACAAUUCAGAUACUCUGAGGGGGAUCAGAUUUUGAUCAAACAACUGUGUACUGGAUUUGAAGUGAACUUAAUCUUAUAUGCAUCAUCCUUGAAAUUGGAAGCCAUCAACUCUUUUAGAUCAGCUCAUCCGUUAGUAAAACUCGCAAAAGAGUAUUACUCUCAUCCAUACCUUUCAAAUGAUGCCAUUAUACAGCAGCCCAGAUCAUCGUUCCGUGAUGACAGCGAUUACGAGGACUUGAUCGAAAGCUGUCAUACCGACUCACUGUUUUACAUGUAUCACUGGAAGAAAUUGUUUGAUAUCUGUAUGUUAUUCAAGCAUCAACUUGAUGAAAGGGGGGACACUUGUAAGCGUUUACUAGGAAUGAAUGAAUGCGCCCUUAGUAAGGCAUUCAAACUUGACAAGGAUGUGGCUCAGCUCAAGGAGGGGCCAAACCAGAUUUUACCCGAUCCUGAUGAUAUACGCAUCCUAGCUUCUCAAAGUAGGGCUUAUGCGCUUGACUUUAAUAUUGUUGCAAAAGUACGAUCAAAUCUUUUCCCUGAAAUUACAGUGAUUGAAGUUGACAUUUGCUCGGUAACAGGUGAUAUGCUUCUUUCUUACUUCAGUUCUGCUGAGGAUUCGGUUAUUAUAAGAAUACCUUUCCAGCCGAAUACAUCAUGGAAAGUAUUUAAAGACAGGUUUAAUGAUAUCAUAGAGGCAAGCGCACAAACAACCAAUCAAGAACGUACCACAAAUGUAAGAACAAAGGCGGAUCGACAGGAUUGGUGGAAAGAGAGGAGAGAAUUAGACUUAAGGUUGCAGAAAAUGUUAGAAUCGUUUGAAAAUGAUCAUCUGGGUGCUUUAAAGGGAAUAUUUAGUCCAAAAAAUUUUGAGCCGAAUGUGCUAGAAAAGUUCUCUUUGGAUCUUAAAGAAGUUUUGAACUGUAACUUUAAUAAAGAAACUGAACUGUUUAAUUCUCGUUUGUUUUUGGCCUUAGGAAACCCAAAGGAGUGGAGCUCAUCCGAUGAGUUAAAUAAACUUAUCAAAUACGUUACAGCAAACAAAUUACUGGACGUUGAAGGUGAAAGUCUUCUAAUCAGAAAUCUGCUUGAAAAAUAUUACGACAGUGACCAGCAGCCGCAAGAUCAACAUAUCAUAUUGGUACCUUCCAAAGAUUGUUUAGAGUUUCCUUGGGAAUCACUUCCAAUUCUUCAAAUUAGAUCAGUUUCAAGAAUGCCUUCUUUGGAAAUGUUAAAUGAAUUGCUGGCAAGAUCAAGCAAAACACGAUACUCUCUCAAAACUGACAAGGUUUUCUACCUUCUCAACCCUUCAGGAGAUCUAACUAGAACGAAAACUACUUUUAAAGAGAAGCUAGAGUCAAAAACCAAAUGGAAAGGGAUUACAGACGAAAGACCAACAGAAUCUCAGUUCAAGGAAGGCUUACGAAACGAUCUGUUGAUCUACUUGGGUCAUGGAAGCGGUCAACAGUACAUCAAAUCCAAGACGAUAAAGAAACAGAAUAACUGCAGCAGUUCUUUGUUGAUAGGCUGUUCGUCUGGGGCUCUAAAGGGAAAUAAUAGUUUAUUGGAACCGUACGGUCCAGUCUUUGAUUACCUAAUUGCAGGGGCUCCCAUGGUACUGGUCAAUAUGUGGGAUGUGACAGAUAAAGAUAUUGACAAGUUCACUGUAGGGGUAUGUGAUUUCUGGGGGCUUUUUGAGCCUUAUCCGAAGGAAAUGAAUAUCUGUGAAGCAGUUGCACGUUCUCGGGAUCUGUGUACAUUAAGAUUCUUAAACGGAAGUGCACCAGUAGUUUAUGGGCUUCCAUUAUAUCUGACGCACUGA